GCAUGUAAAUUGCAAUAAGUAUUUAAUUUAAUACUGAAUGAUUUGUCAAACGGAGAUGGCUGAGAUAGAGCGCGUGGUCAGCACGAAGAAGAAGCAGGUGUACAAAGUCGCUCAACAGCUCAUCUUUGCUCUUAAAAAAUCAAAACCCAUCUUCUCCAUCACCACCUAACAUCUCAUCCACCUUCUCUCUCCUUUAAGCUUUUUUCUUCUUUUUCCAUUUCAAAGGGAAUUGAAUCGUUCCUCACACACGCCUCUCUCAUCGGUUAAUCCCAUUUUGUCUUUCAAUCAUCGUCGUCUUCCGUCUCUUAUCCAUUCUUCUCUUUUUUCAACUCAACAAGAAUGGAUCAUUGUUCGGGAGGCUUGAACGAAAACACCAGGUCUUCUCAGUUAGACAUUCUUCGAUGCCCAUUCUUGAGGAACAUCAACGAGCCCACUAAUCUCUCCUUCUCUUCAUCCUUGCCUUUUCCCAUGCCUGUACGAGCAGGAAAAGGACCGAUAUUUGAAGAUGGGCCCAAUUUUGAUACGGCAUUUAGGCUAUUCCAUGGUCAAGAUGGAGUUGUGCCACUCUCCGACAGUGCUCGUGCUGUUGCCGAGAAGCCUGCCCCUCCUGUUUUCCAUCCACUUGCUGCAAAGGCGGCGACAAUCAGUCUCUCAUCCUUUGGAGCUGGAGGGCCUUUUGGGUUUGAUGCAUUUUCCGACUUUUUUAAAAAUCAAAAGAAAAAGUCAAACUCAUCCAAAAACAGGGAUUCUUCUUCAAAGGGAGGAAACCACGAGUCUUUGAGCGACGAUUGGCUUCAAACAGGAAAUUGCCCAAUUGCGAAAUCAUUUCGAGCUGUGAGUGGCGUGGCACCGCUUGUGGCAAAGAUCCUGCAACCUCCUCCAGGGAUGAAAUACAAGUGCCCUCAGGCAAUAGUGGCAGCUCGAGCAGCGAUAUCGAAAACGGCUUUCGCUAAGAACCUCCGGCCGCAACCUUUAUCAUCAAAAGUACUGGUGAUCGGGAUGCUGGGAAUGGCGCUGAACGUGCCUCUAGGGGUUUGGAGAGAGCACACCGAGAAAUUUUCGGCGUCUUGGUUUGUAGCUCUCCACGCAGCGGUUCCCUUCAUAGGAAUACUGAGGAAGUCAGUGUUGAUGCCUAAGAUGGCGAUGGUGUUCACCAUAGCAGCAUCGGUUAUGGGACAGUUGAUAGGGUCAAGAGCUGAGAGGUUUAGGCUCAAAUCCAUAGCUCAGAAGAAGCUGGCAUUGACCGGACCAAACCCGUCUUCCGUCGAAGCAAAUCAGAUGCAAUUUGCGGGAGUUUCAUCGGAGGGAAGGUGCGGUGAUAAAGCGGUGAUGAAGUGGAAUCCCAUGAUGAUUGAAGUUGCAAGUCCUGUGUCCACAGGAGCAGUUGUCUGCUAAAACAGAUUUUGUUUUCUUCGAAGAUCUCAGAUAUAUAUAUAUAUAUCUUCUUGUGUUUGGCGAUUGUAUUUAAAAAGUUUCUAAAAUGUUUGAGAAAAACAAGAAUAAAGCCAUUAUUUUGUAACUGUGAAAAGUUGAAUUCGAAUGUAAAAGACUCUGUUGAUUGAAUAAAGCCACUAUAUGUAUGGUGUUUAUGCAUCUCAAUAUCUCAUAGGUAACAUUGGAUUUUAGAUAUGUUAUUAAUGAGAAAAGCUUGAGCUUUUCUGAUCU